CUGCCUUCUGAAGUGUGAACUUCUGGAGUACACAUAUGCCAUCUGAAGAAACACCCGCACGCGCCUUGAUCUGGCACGACAUGGACGAAGCUCACUCCUGAGCAUAACAUCUCUCUACACCAAGGCUGAUUGACUUCCUUGUCUCCAUUACAUCGAUGCCCGCCGUCAGCUUAGAUUUCUUGGUGCGUGAAAAGGCCUCCACCACGACACUCAAUGCCAUCAAGGGAUGCGUACUUGGCAUUGAAGUGGACCACUAUCUCAGGCGGACGAUACAACUCUGCAAGACGCCUCUGUCUACGCCAUGGGGAGGGAUCAGCCCGCUGCUGUACAAGCUAGUUCGCGAGGAUUUGGUAGUACUUCAACGAGCAGAGGUCACACCGGUUUUUGUCUUCUCAGGGCUGGUGGUGCCUCAAGACUACGAUGCGCCGCAUGAAGCGCGAGCAUACGCGCGUUCCCAAGCUCUUGAAUUGCUGGAAAGGCGACGCAAUGAAGAGACAUUGGCCGCAUUUGCCGCUCUGGUCCGACCUGCAGAGUUAAGUCCUGGCCUGAUGGCGUUCUUCAAACAGGAGGCAAUUUCAUUCAUUGUGGCUCCUUACUUUGCAAACGCACAGCUAUGCGCUAUGGCUAAGGGAGAGCUAGGAGGAAAUGGUGGGAUGCCGGAUCUUGAUUGUGUGUAUGCAUCGGCAGAUGCACUGGUAUUUGGCAUCGACCGUCUCAUUUUGGACAUCGCAUUUCAGCAAGGUCGCAUGUCAUACUGUGAGCGGUCUGUCGUGCUGCAGCAGGGUCUGGGUGGCUUGACAGAUGAUCAGUUUCUCGAUGCCUUCCUGUUCGCGGGUAAUGAUUACUGCUCUCUUGUUCCAAUCUUGCUUCGACACAACCCUCCAGAGAUGAAUUCUUUGCGCAUUCGAGCAGCUGCAGAUGUUGUUCGUCAGAACCGUACCGGUUACCAGGCGAUUGAAGGAAAUCCACUGCUGGAGAGCGAUCCGACAUAUGUAGAGCGCUGGCUUCGUGCUCGCGUCCUCUUCAAGAAUCACCCUGUCUUGAAUCGGCAAGGCGAUGUGAUCCUUUUGAAUGCAAAGGACGCACCAAUCGGUACUGCGGAAGUCGUGGGGCCGCGUCUGCCCAGGGAAGUGUAUUACUACCUGUCACGAGGUAUCAUCGCAUCUGACGUUCUCAAUAUCUUACUAUCCGGCAAGUGGCAAGAGACGACUCCACUAGAUGCCGGUGAGACGAGGGAGUACCGAGCACUUCUUGAUGCUUUGUCUGAUCAUCGCAUGCAAUGCAUCGAUCUUUUGACUGCGGACAAAGCACUUCACAUGUACUUCAAGAAGAAGUCUGUUUACCCAGUUCUCUAUCAUGACCGUACCCAAUUUCCUCUCGAAAUCGAGCGACUCGAGACACCUCUCAGAGCAGGCUUGCAGAAGUGGAGCAUUGACGCCAGCUUCAUGAAGAAGCACAAGGUCGCAGAUCCAAAUUCGAUACAGAGCCUCCUCGCGGCUCUUGAAGAUCCGGGUGCUGUGAAGGACAGCCUUCAGCCUGCAAAGAAGGUGUCUUCCCUUUCGGAAGUUCAGGCUACUGUGAUGUACCGACUUCUCGAGCUGCGUUCGUACAUUCUUCCAGACCACACGCUGUCUGGUUGGGGAAGAGCCCUUCUUGGCGCUCUCAGGGCUGCCGAGCCACAGCUCGCAAUUCCCAUUUGCACAAGCUUCGAGUUGCUCAAAGUGAGAGCAAUCAAAUUUGAGGCGUUCUCGAAGCAGUAUCCCGCACCAGCGUCGAAUCUCAGCGCAGAUGACCCAACUGGCGAAUUGAAUCCCAACGCUCGUAACAUGGCUCGGCUGGCUGCCUUGCUCCCUCUGUCUCAAAGCGAGGUUCCUUGGCAAGGCGCAUUGGACCGGAACAUGCUUGUCGCCUUCGGUAUAGCUCGAGCGAUGCAAAAUGUCCUUGCUCAGUUAUACGACAUGGUCCAAAUUUCCUUGCUUCUCGGCGGUCAUGUUCAGCGAGAUGAUGCCAUCCUACAAGCGCUUUCCUCUGCUCAGAGGCCUUUCCAAGUUUCACAUGACGCUGGACUGGCGAUAUACGCAAAGCAGUGGUUGGGUCUUUCGUUGGGUGGAACAUCACCAGCAGAUGUCAAGGACAUCAUGCGUCAGCGCUUCCCCAGUGCUACGGAUGGAGCAGCAGAUAUGAAGGCAGUUCUCAAGAUUUGGCAAGCGUUGUUUGUCGGUGUGGAUGUUGCUGCAAAAGUCGGCUGCAUGGGCGAGGUUGAACGCUCCAAAUUUGCUGCGCUCAAGACAUGGUCUGAGAGCAACGUCGCAGUCUAAAAGCAAAUCUAUAGGAUUCUAGAGGUCU